UGUUGGGGGAGGGAAUAACAUCGUUCGGAAUUAGGCCUGGAAAAUGCUUGUUUUUAAGUAAAUAAAAUAAAACAUUAUCAAAAUUACAUAUCAAGCAGUAUUUAUUAGAUCUUUAUUUAUAGUUUUAAAGUAAUCUUACAAAAUGCGGUCAAGAUUAGUUAUUGGAUGCGUGCUGGUCUCCUGUUUGCUGCUAGCAUGGGUGUUCAGCAAUCUGUACCAGGAGCUGCUAGACAUCUACGAGCAUACCGAAGUGCUCAUUGACUCUGACUACUCAUGGUGUUUCCGGCUGCUGCUGAACCUGGUGGGCUACUCCACCAUCCUGGUUCCCGGCUACCUCCUCUACAAGUACCUGCACAAGACUCAAUACUUUGACAAAAUAACGAAGCACACGUGGGUGUCGCGGCUGCUGCUGACGUGCUUCGGUGAGCCGGGGGAGCGGCUGCCGGAGGCGGCCAAGCCCCCGCGCGCCGAGGGCCGCGAGUGCCUCGAGCUCGUGUUCUGCUUCGGGGGGCUGAUGGCCGCCUACCUCGUGUGGGGGCUGCUGCAGGAGAAGAUCAUGACGCAGAACUACGUGAUGGCGGACGGCAGCCUGGUGCGGUUCGACGACUCGCAGCUGCUGGUGUUCGUGAACCGGCUGCUGGCGUUCGCGCUGGCGGUGGGCCGGCUGGCGUGGCGCGGCCGGCCCGUGCUCGUCGCGCCGCUCUACAACUUCUGCUACUGCGCCCUCACCAACAUCAUCAGCGCCUGGUGCCAGUACGAGGCGCUCAAGUUCGUCAGCUUCCCCACGCAGGUCCUCUCCAAGUCCUGCAAGGUGAUCCCCGUGAUGCUGAUGGGCAAGCUCAUCUCGCGCAACAAGUACGAGCCCUACGAGUACCUCACCGCGCUCCUCAUCUCGCUCGGCAUGGCGCUCUUCAUGUUCGGCAGCCACGACGACUACGCAGUGUCGGCGGCCACCACGGGCUCGGGGCUAGCGCUGCUGGCGCUGUACAUGGCCUGCGACAGCUUCACCUCCUCCUGGCAGGCGGCGCUGUUCGCGCGCCACUCUCCGCGCCCGCUGCAGAUGCUCGCCGCCGUCAACCUCUGCUCGCUGGCGCUCACCGCCGCCGCCCUGCCCC